AUGAAUCCCUCCCCUUCCCCCUUUCCUCUCUUUCACAUUGCACCGACCCCCAAUUCGCACCUCGGCGCCUUCGCCUCCUCUCCCAUCCUCAAAGGCAUGACCGUCCUGCUCGACACCCCCUUGUUCACCCUCGACGCGCCGUUCCAAGCCUACCUCUACCAACGCGUCCAAAGGGGGGCUAGUGGACCUACGCCCAUCGAAGGGGAAGAAGAGGAAGAGGGGAAUGUUCCUCCGACGUUGGAAGAGUGGUUCGAGAAGCAGAUCCAAAGGUCUUUGGUCAACAAGUACGUUUUUUUUUGUUUUUUUUUUUCUCAUUCUGCCGAGCGAAUCCACCGAGGGGUCGAAACGUUCCCUCUCCCCCAACCUGACAUCCCCUUUUCCAAACCCGUCUAGAACUCCCACCGAAAUAAAUCAGUUUUACACCCUUUCCAACAUGCAUCCUUCCCAACCCCGAGCCUACGCCAUCUUCCUCACCAACGCCGUCUCCUUAUCCGAAUCCACCACAGGUGGCCUCUUCCCCCUCCUCUCGCGCUUCAACUCCUCUUGUCGACCUAACCUUUCCCGACCGCAUUGGUCUUCGAAAACACGAAAAAUGCAGUUGAUAGCGGUGAGGGAUAUUGAGGAGGGCGAGGAAUUGGUGUGGCCUUAUUUGGGUAUCCCGUUCGAAUUCGAUUCGCCCCAAAGUAGGAGGGCGCAGUUGAAGCAAAUCUUUGGGUUCGAUUGCGCUUGUCGAGCUUGUACCGAAUGGACACCACCUUCUACCGACAACAACGCGGACGCCACUUUAGCCGAGCCUUCACCCAAACUGAAAGCCUCCGAGGCCCGACUGCGAGAACUCAGAAGGUUGAAGCAGAUGAUCGAUAUGGGUGGCCAAAGAGUGCUGAGGAAGAUGCAGCAGAUAUCCCAGGAGGAAGGGUUGUGGGAGAUGAGUGAUAGAUUAGGGUUUGAAGCGAAUCGGGUAGGUAGGGGUGAAGAGAGGAGGGGUUGGGAUCACGAUAGUAAUCUUCAUGAGGAUGAGGAGAAGAGGAGGUGA